ACCGACUCGGCCCGAGAAGCGAGAUCGGAGGAGACCACCCGUGCCCCCUCCGCCAAGCCGGCGCGGAAAGACGACGGCGACGGCUUCCUUAGCGCCUUCCGCCCAUGUACCCCACAGUUUAAGGGCAAAUUUUUGAAAAGUUCCUUUGAAUGUCUUCCUCUUCCUUUUGGGAGAAGGAAGACCGCCAAACCACCCUCGACCUUCUACCCCGCCGUGCCUUCCCUUUUUUCUUGCGAUCCCAAACUUAGAUCCCCUUCGUUAGAUCUCCUAUAUCUGCCACCGUCCGGUCGACCCGUCAAGAUGCCUCACACCAACGGUGUCAAAUCCGCUGCCGAGUUCUUUCGUGGCGAGCUUCUCGACCCCUCCAAGGCUCUGGAGGUUCUCGACAGCUACAAAGAGAAGGAUGGUCUCGAUGUCAAGUCGCUCCUCGACUCCAAAGUUCACGGUGGUCUCACAUAUAAUGAUUUCCUCAUUCUUCCUGGCUACAUCGGCUUUGCUGCCCAUGAGGUGGUUCUAGAUUCGCCUGUCACCAAGCGCAUUACCCUCAAGACCCCCUUUGUCUCUUCUCCUAUGGACACUGUGACAGAACACGAGAUGGCAAUCCACAUUGCGCUGCAGGGUGGUCUCGGUGUUAUUCAUCACAACUGUUCGGCUGAUGAACAGGCCGAGAUGGUACAGAAGGUGAAGCGCUUUGAGAAUGGUUUCAUCCUGGACCCUGUCGUCUUGCAUAGAGACACUACAGUGGGCGAAGUGAAGGCUCUCAAAGAGAAAUGGGGCUUUGGUGGAUUUCCUGUCACUGGUAAGUCAUACACAGUCCAUCCUUCAAUCGUAAUGUUUCUAUGAUUAGCAAAUUUACAAAUAACUUUCGUUCAUCCGUAUUGACCGUGAGGUCAUGGGGAAUCAAUCUAUGCUCUUUAUGAUCAGAAUUCAAACACGCAUAUCAUGUUUUCAGGAAUUUUGGAAAAACACCUGAAGCUAACAUGUAUGAAAUAGAAAACGGCAAAUUGGGCUCCAAGUUGAUCGGCAUCGUCACCAACCGAGAUAUCCAGUUUGAGGACAAUGAUGAUAUCCCAGUCUCUUCCGUCAUGGUCACUGACCUCAUAACUGCUACCCAUGGCACGAAUUUGGUAGAGGCCAAUGCCAUUCUUGCCAAGUCCAAGAAGGGCAAGCUUCCUAUCGUGGACUCUAAUGGCAACCUUGUUUCCAUGAUCUCGCGAUCUGAUUUGACCAAGAACCUCCAUUUCCCUCUUGCAUCCAAACUCCCUGAUUCAAAGCAACUCAUCUGCGCUGCUGCGAUCGGUACGCGACCAGAGGAUAAGACUCGUCUUCAGAAGCUGGUUGACGCUGGCUUGGACAUUGUCAUCUUGGAUAGUAGUCAAGGCAACAGCAUGUACCAGAUUGAGAUGAUCAAGUACAUUAAGGAGAAGUAUCCCGGCUUGGAUGUAAUUGGAGGUAAUGUUGUUACCCGUGAGCAGGCUGCUUCACUCAUCGUUGCUGGUGUCGAUGGUCUCCGAAUCGGAAUGGGUAGUGGAAGUGCAUGCAUCACACAAGAAGUGAUGGCUGUGGGUCGUCCUCAAGCAGCCGCUGUCUACAAUGUCAGCUCUUUUGCUGCUAAAUUCGGCGUUCCUUGCAUGGCGGACGGAGGUAUUCAGAAUGUUGGUCAUAUCGUCAAGGGUCUUGCACUUGGAGCUACUACUAUCAUGAUGGGUGGUCUCCUCGCUGGUACUACCGAGUCUCCUGGCACAUCUUUCGUCAGUCGCGAGGGUAAGCUGGUCAAGGCCUACCGUGGUAUGGGUAGUAUCGAUGCCAUGCAGGACAAGAAAGCUGGAGCCGGAGCCGGAGCCAAAGACAGCCAAAAGAGCAACGCCGGAACUGCCCGUUACUUUUCUGAGGGUGAUAGCGUUCUGGUUGCACAAGGUGUUUCUGGAGCUGUUGCUCAUCGUGGUUCUGUCAACAAGUUUGUUCCUUACCUCGCAGCCGGCUUGAAGCACUCUCUUCAGGACUGCGGAAAGAAGAGUCUAGUUGAUCUCCACGAGUCGGUUGCAAACGGCACCACGCGUUUCGAACUAAGAACCGCAAGUGCGCAGUUGGAGGGUGGUGUAAAUAUGGAGAGUUACGAGAAGAAGCUCUAUGCGUAGACUUACGGGGUAACUCGAAUGAAUUUCUGGUUUAAUGGUGCACAAAAAUGGGUCAGGAUGUAUAUGAAUGGAGUUGAGGGGUACGUGGGUGGGGGUUUUUUCUGCCUUGAUAUCAGUGAGAUGAGUUUUUUUUUAAAAGAAUGAAAUUCAG